AUGCUGCGAGCGGGCAGACACAAUGCCAAGCCAGACAGCCCCUACGGAAGCGGGCGCCGCAACGAGAGAAUCAAGAAGAUCGCCAAAUGGCCGAACUGGAGCAAGAGUAUGACGAGCAGCAAGCUCAUGGGCAAGUCUUUUGUUCAUCCUCCCAGGACAGGUCUCAAGACAGAGCCAGUCUUGGGACAGCAGUCUGCGGACGGGUCUUAAGACAAAGCCGGUCUUGGGACAGACAGGUUUUAAAACAAAGCCAGUUUUGGGACAGCAGUCCGCGGACAUGGGAC